UUGGAGCACUACAAAGAGCUAAAGGAAACAGCAAGAAAGAAAGUAGCUACACUAACCCAGCAGCUAGAAAAACUUCGUUGGGAGGAUAAGGCAGAUCAAGAAAGGCUGAAACUUAAUCGGAGGAAGAAAACAGAAGUUGAGGAGAGCAGAAAACAGGCUGUGGAACAGAUAGAGGAGCGUAAAAAGCGAAUAGAGAAGUUGGAAGAAUAUAUCAAGAUCAGCACCGAAUCGUUAACAGAGAAAAAAAAGGAAGAGGAAGUGCUAGUUAAGCAAGUAGAAAACUCAACAAUACGAAUGGCUGAAGUGAAUGAGGAGUUGAACAAAAUAGCUGGUGAACUGCAGAAUGCCAAAAUUGAUUACCAUGAAGGAAGGCGUCAGCAAAUGAGAGCAGAGAUCCUGGAAAGUCUCAAAAGACUCUAUCCGGAUUCUGUGUUUGGAAGACUGUUUGACCUGUGCCAUCCUAUUCAUAAAAAAUACCAGCUUGCUGUUACCAAGGUGUUCAGCAAAUACAUGACUGCUAUUGUUGUUGACACUGAAAAAACAGCAAGGGAUUGCAUUAGAUUCCUAAAACAAGAACGAGCUGAACCUGAAACUUUUCUGGCUUUGGAUUAUCUUGAUGUUAAACCCAUCAACGAAAAGUUAAGGGAGAUAAAAGGAGCUAAACUGGUGGUGGAUGUUGUGCAGACUCCAUUUGCACCCCUGAAGAAAGUGAUUCAGUUUGUGAGUGGGAAUGGCUUGAUCUGUGAAACAGUUAAAGAAGCAAAACAAAUUGCCUUUGAUGGGCCAGUGAGGCUGAAAACAGUGGCUCUUGAUGGAACUUUAUUUUUGAAAUCUGGAGUGAUCUCUGGAGGAUCAAGUGAUUUAAGAUUUAAAGCUAGAUGUUGGGAUGAGAAAGAAAUGAAUAAACUGAAAGAAAGAAGAGAUAGCUAUAUUAAUGAGUUAAAGGACUUAAUGAAGGUCAGACGUAAGGAGCCUGAGCUGAAGCAGCUGCGUGCUCACUGCCAUGGGAUCCAGACACGUCUUAAAUACUCACAGAGUGAAUUAGAGCUCAUUAAAAAGAAACAUCUAGCUAAUAUCUAUGCAGAAAAAUCAAAACUGGAGAGUGAACUGUUAAAUAUUGAGUCUCAGUAUGAUAUGCUGAAGGAAGGAGUAGCUCAAAGGAAAGAAAAAAUAGAAGACUUUCAGAAAAAAAUAAAUGAGGCUGAAGAUGCUGUUUUCCAGGAAUUCUGUGAAGAAAUAGGUAUAGAAAAUAUUCGUGUGUAUGAACAAGAACAUGUGAGACAACAAGAGGAGAUUGAUAAGAGAAGACUGGAGUUUGAAAAUCAGAAGACCAGACUAAACAUUCAGCUGGAAUAUAAUCGUGACCAUCUGCAAAAAUCAAUAAGCUCAGUCAGCAAGUUGAGGGAGACCAUUCACAAUGAUGAAGCUGAGAUUGUCAGGCUACAGAAGACUGAGAAGGAGCUUCUAAAAAAAGUGAAUGAAAUUGUGGAGGAGCAGCAACAUCUUAAAGACAGAUUAAGUGCUCAUAAAUCUGAGGUUGGAAAAGCUCAAAAUGAAGUUGAAGAGUUGAGAAGGACCAUGUUAACACUUAACAGGUAA